UAUUCUAGUGGAUAGGUAUCAAUACUAAUUUUUUUUAAAUAGUUAUGGUACAUUUUUGAAAACAAUAAAAAUGACGGAUAUCGAUGUGAAACAGGCAGAUCAAGUUGAUUCUCAAGAAAUGAAUUCCACUCAAAAAGUCGGCUCGUACGGGAUAGGGUGCCGGCACCUGCAGAGCCUGCUGCUGUUCCUGUGCGUGAUGAACGGAUACUUUAUCCGGGUUAACCUGUCUGUCACCAUCGUGGCCAUGAAUCCCGUGAUCAAYUCGACGGACUACAUACAGGAGCUGGCCGACCACGUGCCAAUAUUCGGGUGGACCAACUCGAUGCGGUCGGUGAUGCUGAGCACGUUUUUCAUCGGCUACCUGUUUGCCAACUUUCCGGCGUCCGUGCUCGGAUGCCGAUUCAACAACAAGAUGCUGCUGGCGUGCAGYAUGAUCGUCUCGUCCUUGCUGUCCAUCAUCAGCCCACCGGUGGUAUACGCGUACGGCGCCUACGCCCUGGUGGCCGUCCGUUUCGUGCAGGGCCUGUCUUCGGCGUUCAUGUUCCCCGUGAUACACGGCAUCAUGUCCAAGUGGGCGCCGCCGCACGAGCGAGGCAAGCUGGUCGGGUUCAUCGUCAGUGGCGUACAGCUGGGCACCAUGAUCACGCUGGCCGUCUCUGGUGUGCUGUGCAGCAGCUCGAUGGGCUGGCCAUCCGUCUACUACCUGAGCGGCGCGUUCGGGCUGGCGUGGACGGCCGUCUGGCUACUGCUGGGCGCCGAGUCGCUGUCCACGCACCGGUUCAUCAGCCAGGCCGAGAAGGAGUACAUCCAGAGGUCGCUCUCAAACACCAUCAGCCACGAUAAACGGUUAUCAGAUACUCCGUGGAAAUCAAUAUUUACGUCAUUGCCGGUGUGGGCCACCACCUUAGCGCACAUUGGCCAUAACUGGGGAUUUUGGCUACUGUUGACCGAGAUGCCGACAUUCAUCCACACAGUGCUCAAAUUCGAUAUUAGGAACGACGGGUUACUAUCAUCGUUGCCAUAUCUCGCCAUGUUUAUGCUUCAGAUACCGGUCAACUUCAUUGCCGAUUUUCUGAACAAGCGUGAAAUCACCACCCUCACGACUUCCAGAAAAAUCUGGAACACAAUAUCCUUCUGGGGUGGCACAGUCGGCUUAAUCGUACUAAGUUUUAUCAAAGACACCCAGUUAACGAUCAUACUUUAUGUGUUCAUCGUAGCCAUAGGAUGUUCAUCGAACGUUGGGUUCAACAUUAAUCACAUGGAUCUAUCUCCCAACUACGCCGGGCUCAUAAUGGGAAUCACCAAUACAGCCGCAUCUAUCGGAGGAAUCAUCGCCCCUCUGUUCGUAGGGGUCGUUGUCGAUGAUCAGACUUCAGUUUCGGAAUGGCGAAUUGUAUUCCUUAGUGGUGCAGUAGUGUUAUUCAUAUCCAAUUUGUUUUUCAUUAUAUUCGGCUCGGCUAAGACCCAGCCUUGGAAUUCAUUGCAAAAAAAAGAUUUUCCAAAAAUAGAUGAUACUAAACGAGAUAUUGAAAUAGUUGAAUAACAUAACACGAAAAUCAUAUGCAAUGUACUUACCACUUAGUAUGUAUGAUUGAUUUGUAUCUAUAUUUAAUAUUUAUAAUGAUCACAUUAUCAUAACAUAAAUACCAUUUUGAUCUAUGAAAUUAAAAUUGUUYCAAUGACAAAAUUUAA